AUGGCAACGUUGGAGCAAGAGCAACAGAGGGCAGAUGAAAAUAUGCUGAAGCUUGUGGCAAAACACAAGGGAAAAUUGGAAGUGAUAAAGCAUAUGCUAGGUGAAGAAGACUCUGAAUCAAAGAGGAAAAUAAAUGAACUUAGUGCUGAGUUUCAGGACAAGUAUGAUGAAAUGGAUGCAGUGGAAGCACUCCACCACACUCUGCUUAUGAAGGAAAGGAUAAGCAACGAUGAGUUGCAAGAUGCUCGGAAGAAGCUAAUAGAUGGUUUGUGGGAUGUUACAACUGGCCGAGCAACUAUAGGCGUUAAAAGGAUGGGUGAUCUUGAUCUGAAAACAUUUGCUAAGGCUUGCAAAGGUAAAAUGUCAGAAGAAGACGCAGAAGGUACCACUUCCAUUCUUUGUUCAACGUGGGAGGAGGAGAUUAAAAAUCCAGAAUGGCACCCUUUUAAAGUUAUCAUGGUCGACGGUAGAGAGAAGGAAAUUCUCCGCGAGGAUGACGAGAAGCUGCGGGAAGUGAAAGAAGAGCACGGCGAGGAAGUGUAUGGGUUGGUGACAAAGGCUUUGCUUGAAGGAGAGUCAACGAGUACAACCCUAGCGGGCGCUAUUCUGCGCCGGAGCUGUGGAACUAGAAAGAGAAGAGGAAGGCAACCCUGA